AUGUCAAUAGGGGAGAACGCUGAGUUGAAGAAACCGCUUACUUCGUCGUUGUCAGUGGAUCCUGAACGUUUCAUCGAGGUAUUUAACAAUCUACUAGAAGAAAAUGUAAAAGCUAUACCUACUUCAUCUUCUCACAUGUCCUCUAUUAUGGAUUUCAUACUCGCUUUGUGCAAAUCCUCUUACGAUCAUUUCGCUUGGAUGACGCAAAUGACGCCUAGAAGACCCGAUGGUUUGCCUUUUCGUCUCCUGCUCCUUGUCAUUGGAAUUGAAUUAAAACUCAGACUACCGGCGAAUCUUGGAGGAUAUCUAGAGGUGCAAGCAAAUGGUGAAAAAAUGCUUCAAACUUGUCUGGAGCUCCUCUCACUGAUUAUUUCCGAAAUCAAUGUCUCGAAUAGUGAUUUGGCCGAUGAUAUGAACAAUGGAAUUAUUGGAUCAAUGUCUGAUGAUGCUCUGAUCAGCAUUAUGAAUCAGUUAAUCGAAUUGGGCGAUCUCAUGGCAAUCUCAUUAGCUCCCGACCAAGAUCCUACCUCUCUUACUGAUGCUCAAGCGUUAUCUUCAUCUUCGGCAAAUUUUCCUGCAUCACCUCUACUUUUACGUACUCUCAGUGUCUAUCUGCAGUGGGUUCUCUCUAGUUACAAAGAUCAAUUUUUAAAUGCUACUGACUGCGAAAUAAGUAGUGCUGCUCUUUCGGAUCAUAUGCUUUUCCAAUCUCCCCCACCAGAGACUAAAGAAUACACGGCUUUAAUGAAGAAAUUUGAGGCCAAGGUUUGGAAGCCCCUCACACCACUUAUGGACUCUGUCAUACCCAUGGCAUUCAGCCUACCAAAAGAAGAAGACGAUCCUAAUGCUCAAUGGCUGUGGCUUUGUCGCAAGCUCAUUCUCCGUCUCGCUCGUCUCUUUCCAUCGGUGGUACUAACGAGUUUCAACGGACACCUCUAUGAGAUGUUGCUCGCCAAGUGUUCAAGUGAAGAGGAAAGCACGUUGAAGGUAGUUUUUUCGCGGUUGACUUCCUCCGGUUUAUCCUUCUUGGCUGAUGUGUCUACUCUUCUGGAUAUCACAAUGACAGUUUCCACAUUGGAAUCCGCAUCAGUCGACUUCAGUGAUGUUUGUGUCGGUGUUGUUGGUCGACUAUUUUCCCACCUCUGUCAGUCAAAUUGGGGAUCAUCCGUGUUGAAAAUUCUCGUCUUUAAAGACGACUCGGAUGGAAGCCUGUGUGAGGAAUGUGUAAAUGUAAAACAAAUCCAACUUAUGGAACGUUACUGUGAUGCUCUGUGCCUUCUUCGUUUUCUGGUGGUGAAUCUUUGGCAAGAAGAGAUGGCUUUCUGUCUUCGAGUUGCUGAAUUGAAUGCUCCUGAUGAGAUGGGAGGGGAGAGGGAGUCAAUUCCGGAAAAGUGGCUUUCUAGUGCAUUUAUGACUUGUCUUCGGUGUUUGACAAAGUUGGAUCCAGAGAGCCUACUGGACUUGAAGUUGUCAAAUCAACUGCAUUCUCCACUUCGAGGGUUCUAUGCGUCGUACACGGCUCGUCAAUCAGCAGAAGCUCUCAUUCAAUGUUGUCGUAGCGCACGAGACUCGCAAUUUUGCAAUUAUCUGAUGAGAAAACGGGAAUUCAAGGAAUUGGCUGAAAAAAUCUGCUUGGAUGGCUAA